CUUCCGUCCGACGACCAUCACCCGGUCCUAAAGCACAGAACUAUAAAGCACCGGAUGUUUGCAUCGGCUGGAAAUCGCGCGAAUGCAAUGCUCUCUGCUGCGUCGUUCCGAAAAUUGCUUUUCUCUAGGUCUUUCAGUUCAAGUAGCAGAACGAGCGAAACUCUGAAUCCCCUUCCCGCUACUUUCCUGCGAGGUGGUACCUCCAAAGGUAUAUUCAUCAACCGUGAUCAUCUUCCUUCCGACCGUUCUGCAUGGGAUCGCAUCUUUCUUGGAAUAAUGGGCUCCCCCGAUCCGGUUCACGGGCGGCAACUGAACGGUAUGGGUGGAGGGGUAUCCAGCCUCUCCAAAAUAUGCGUCGUUGGUACCCCCUCCCUCGCCCAGCAGUCCCAGGGUAUCCAAGUAGAAUACACCUUCGUUCAAGUAGGAAUCCGGGAUACCAGCAUAGACUACUCCGGAAACUGCGGCAACCUUUCGAGUAUAAUCGGUGCAUAUGCCUUGGACGAAGGAAUAUGUUGUGAUCCCACCACCACUCUGGACGGCUCUCGCAUAACUAUCCGUUCCUUCAACACCAACACCCAAAAGAUUAUCGACACCACCUUCCCCGUGAGCAACGCGUUGGUUCCUGUCCUUGAUCUUCCGGAGACUUCUAUCGCUGGAGUUCCAGGCGAUGCUUCCCAGAUCGUCAUGGACUUCGUGAAUCCCGGAGGAGCCAGGACAGGAAAGCUGCUCCCAACCGAUCAUCCUAUCGACUCCCUGACUUCUCCCAACGUCUCUGUAUCAUUGGUCGACGCUACGAAUCCCACAGUAUUUAUUCGCGCAGACGAACUUUCCUCGUUCCUCCCACUAUCCGACUAUCUGAAACACAUCCCAACCGAAGUUCCUCAGGUCCUCGAAUCCAUCCGCCAGAGGGGUGCCGUGAAAAUGGGACUGGAUCCGCUCGCUCAAGCUCAGCCAAAAAUUGCCAUCCUCAGCGCUCCGAACACCAGCGAUGACCAUGCCCAGUCUGUCGAUAUCGUCGUCCAUGCCCUAUCAAUGGGCGUCCUCCACAAAGCCGUUCCAAUGACAGUCGGACUUUGCCUCGGUGUCGCAGCCAAUAUUCCGGGCACCAUUGCUUGGGAUAUUGUUUCUGAGUCACGACAAAACCGUCAAUCUGGAGACAGCAAGUUGGUGCGGAUACGCCAUCCCAGUGGGACCGUUGACGUAGGAGCAGAACUUUCGCCGGAUGGUCACGUAAAAAGCGCCAAAGUGGUGAGAACGGGUAGAAGACUUAUGAAGGGUGUUGUAUGGUGGUGAUUCAUUCAUGAGCAAGUCAUAAGCAAAAUUCAGGGUUGGCUAAUCUAUUGGUUUGGGAUGGCGAGCCUAUUCAUUCUGUCAGAGCGGCACAACGUUCUUAGCAUGGACGAUGAAAUCUCCCCAUGAACUGACCUAGUCAGCGCCACUCCCGCCGGAAAUUCAGAUUCUCUAUCAGCGCACGGCGUGUCUGCAAAGCGGAUAUAUGCGCUUCGAAGGACGGACUGGGAUGCAUAUAUACGCUCUUCGUAUGCUUUUUCUAAGGGCGAGGGUGCCGCAGCAUCCUCAGUGAAUCCCUGUCAUCAAUAACAAUG